GCCUGCUCUUGCAUCUGGUGCCUCUGAGAAAUUUCUGGCGUGUGGUGUGGUCGAGAAAGACUCCUGCUUGAGAGAUGGAAGAGAAGAAGAAGAAGAAGAGUCCCAAGGCCCACCUGGCUCAGCCAGUGCCUGCAAGUGCUUUGCGCAAGCUGCCGGUGCCUGCUAGCAAGAGCACCUCUUUCUCCCUGGGGUUGCCACACCUCCCUUCUCCAAAGCAAAGAGCCAAGUUUAAGAGAGCAAACAAGGAGAAACAACGAGCCCCCCAGCCCAGUGGGAGCGCAGGGGCUGGCGUGAGCACCCCUCUGCAGCACUCCUUCCUGACGGACGUCUCCGAUGUGUAUGAGAUGGAGGGGGGUCUCUUGAACCUGCUGAACGACUUCCAUUCAGGGAAGCUGCAGGCAUUUGGGAAAGAAUGUUCUUUCGAGCAACUGGAACACGUCCGGGAGAUGCAGGAGAAGCUGGCCCGCCUGCACUUCAGCCUGGACGUCUAUGUGGAGGAACUCGCUGAGGACCAGAAGAAAACCGUGGCUGACAAGAACCUGGAUCAGCUCCUGACGAAUCUGGAAGAACUCAGCAACUCCAUCCAAAAGCUCCACUUGGCAGAAAACCCUGACUUGGAAGACGCGUCCACGGUCUAGAGGAGGGAGCGAGAGGAGGCUGCCCGAUUCGUGUCUUGGCCUUUUUCACUGGGAAGCCUCAAACAAAGGGAGCUGUUUGGGCUGACCAAAGAAGAUCCUUGUAUAGAAGCAGCUUUCGAACUGUCCAGGAGGGAGACGGGGCUGUACAAAGUUAGAUGCAACGACCUGAUGUAGGAAGGCAGGAAUGUGAGAACAAGACCUGGGUUCAGUCCGUUAGCAGGGAGGGGAACUUGUGGGAAAGGAGCCCAGCUCCUGGGGAGCUAACCAGGAAAGAGGUGAAGAC